AAAAUGGCGGCGGAGGGUGGAAGUGCUGCCGUAGGUAAUCCAAAUGCUGAAGUUGUUCGGGGGCAAUUAUUUGAAGUUGGACCGCGUUAUACCAACCUUUCAUACAUAGGAGAAGGUGCUUAUGGAAUGGUUGUAUCUGCCUACGACAAUGUCACAAAAACGAAGGUGGCAAUUAAAAAGAUCUCACCCUUCGAACACCAGACGUACUGUCAGAGAACACUAAGGGAAAUUAAAAUCCUGACGAGGUUUAAGCAUGAAAAUAUUAUAGAUAUCAGAGACAUAAUUCGAGCAGUGACAAUAGAUCAGAUGAAAGAUGUGUACAUUGUGCAAUGCCUUAUGGAGACUGAUCUUUACAAGCUCCUCAAAACACAGAAACUGAGCAAUGACCACAUUUGUUACUUUCUGUAUCAAAUACUAAGAGGCCUGAAGUACAUCCACUCGGCAAACGUGUUGCAUCGUGAUCUCAAACCCAGCAACUUACUACUCAAUACAACUUGUGAUCUCAAGAUAUGCGACUUUGGAUUGGCAAGGGUAGCUGAUCCUGAUCAUGACCACACAGGAUUUCUUACUGAAUAUGUAGCUACACGGUGGUAUAGAGCACCUGAAAUAAUGCUUAAUUCGAAGGGUUACACGAAAUCAAUUGAUAUCUGGUCCGUCGGCUGCAUCUUAGCAGAAAUGCUAUCAAACAGGCCCAUUUUCCCUGGAAAACACUAUCUAGAUCAGCUUAAUCACAUCCUGGGAGUUUUGGGAUCACCAACACAUGAAGACCUUGAAUGUAUCAUAAAUGAAAAAGCUCGCAGUUACCUCCAGUCAUUGCCAUUUAAGCCAAAAGUUCCAUGGACAAAGUUAUUCCCUACAGCUGAUCCCAAAGCACUAGACUUGCUGGACAAAAUGUUGACAUUUAAUCCACACAAUCGGAUAGUAGUUGAAGAUGCUUUGGCGCAUCCAUAUCUUGAGCAGUACUAUGAUCCAGCUGAUGAGCCAGUUGCAGAAGAACCAUUCCGAUUUUCUAUGGAACUUGAUGACUUGCCGAAAGAAACACUGAAAGAAUACAUAUUUGAGGAAACAUCUCUGUUCAAACAGAGGAUGGCUCAGGAACAGAAUAUGUAGUGCAGUCAUAAAUAUGUAAAGCACUCGUCUUUGCACAAGCGAAGUGUUUGCUCCACUACAUGACCAUCACAUGUUUCCGGUCGCCUGUGUUCAUUAAUCUUGUACCAUGCUUUGGUAUGGGGAAACACAGGAGAUAAAUGGAGGAGACAUAUCCUUUUUGCCAGAUGUUAAAUGGUUCUGCUGGUAAUAAAUAUUCAUGUUAUUAUUGUACAGGACUCAGUAGUAUAUUUUGGUCAUUUGUGUCCUUCUAUCUGUGAUUUAUGUAAUUUGAUCCUGCCCUCCAUCUUUAAACUUAUUACAUAAAUGUAUUUUACAUUUAGAGUUAUGAAAGUAAGUCCUCAUCAUCACAGAUUCAUCAAGUCAAUUUAAAAAGUGUUAAAAUAUUUCAAACAGCUCAUUACAAGUACAUAAAUUGCAUCUUGAUAAUUUGUAUUCUUCAAACAGUUAACUAUACAUAAUUAUUGCUUGUUUCAUUCUAGUUUAAUGCACAACUAAUAUUGGACAAAUUUGACUUUUAAUCAGUGUCACUAAAAAGUGAUGGUGACACUGUAUUUUUAUGAGAUGCAGUUUGUAUUUGGAGUUUUCGGCUUCCAUAACUUCCCAUAUUUGAACUUGUACCCUGAUUGGCUAAAAAUCUUUAUUUUUAUUACCAGUUGAAAAGAAACUUGUGCUCUUUCUAUGUGUUGUUUAAUUGUGAGAAUCAGUGAUUGGAGGUUAAGCAAUGUGUAUUUAUUAUACAUAAAGUGGAAAAGUAUCCUAAAUCACUAUUUCAGUAUUUUAAAUGUGAAGACUACUGAAUAUGAUUUUUCUUUGUCAUUGGUCAUAUUUUCCUCUACAUCAUAAUCAUCAUCCAUCAUCUACAUAUAACACACACACACACACACACACACACACACACACACACACACACACACACAUAUUCGCUCUCGCACACUAUUUACUUCUAUAUAUCUCUGUAUCUAUUAGUGUUUUUGUCUUAUCUUGUUCAUCUAAAUGUCUAUUCAGAAUAAUUUUAUGUAUGCAACUUGUUGCAAAAGACAGAACUGAAGCCUUCGGCUGUAUUGGAGAGUAAUGCAAACAUACAUGGAUGUAUGGCGUGUGAUGAGAAGACUAACUGGGAAGCUGGUGCAGCACAGUGAAACACACACUCGCAGUUUCAGUUCUAUAGUGGAUGAACUGAGUAACUCUACAGUGCUGAGACGAAGUCAGUGUGCUGGCAGCCCAGUUGCAGUAUGUGUGUGCAUUACACAUAUGUAUUUCAAGAAUUAUGUGUGCGACAGAGUGAUAUACAACCAAAAAUUGUGAAAUUAUGUGGCCUAAAUACUUUUGGAAUUUUCUUCAGAUAGUUAUUUUAGUGUUGAAAGACAGUUUAGCUAUGUUAGGUUAGCAGACCGUGAUAGUUCUUUGAAUUUUAGAUAAACAUUUAACUAAAUUGCAGAAUAAUUUUUUGAUUCAUUACAAUAUGUCUCAAGGCGACAGUGAGAAGGAUGCCAUAUUAUUUUUACAGCUUACCUUGUCAUUUAAGAAAACAUUGUUGUUCCAUUUUAUCUACUGUAAACCUAUGAGUGUUUUGGCAUUUAGUGUACGUGGAGAUAGGUGAUAUUUAUGAAGCUUUUUGCGCAAAAAUACCAUGCUAGUUAGUUAAACUAGUAGAUACAAAUUUGUUGUAUGUAGUGUUCUGUUAUAUUUUUCACACUGUUAAUACUGUAUUUAUGUCAGUAGAUUAUAACACAGACUGUUUGUGAAAUAUUGAGUAAGGAACGUUAUAAAAAACCAUAGUCACAGUUGAUGUCCUGGUCUGCGAAGCAUUUGCUGCUUAAAUACAUUAGUGUUUUGGUUUUGCAGUGAAUAUGAAAAUUUUGUUAUGUCUUGAGUAAAAACUUUCAUGUGCACUACAUUCAGUCCUAUUUUGAACAAUUACUUUCGUGUAUUCAUCGUAGGAACACAAAGUUCACUAAAUGUUCACGUAGAUACAAACUCCUAUGAUGUGUUUGUACUUCUGCUUUUUUUCCAGCUAGAAGCAGUGAAUCUUCAUGUAAGGUUUCAACUAGUUGUGGGUUAUGAGUUACUCCUUUUGUUCUCUCUUGGAACUUAAUUAUGUGUUGAUGGAGUGGCCUUAAAAUCUCUGUGUAAUUGGUGGAGUGGCCUUAAGACUUAUUCAUUGGGUCAUAAUUAAAAUAAACACUUUUAUUUCUGGGCUUUUGAGCUGGUAAAGAGAGAGUUUCAUCUCCACCUAGAGCUGUCAUUGAACAACAUUGUUUUGUACUUUGAAAUUUAAUUAAUUAUUAUUGUAUUCAAAUGUAUAAUUUUUGAUGAAUAAUAUAUACACUGACUGAAUAAAAAUAAAAUGCUGUGUAAUCAUAAUGCCUUUUAAACUCUGCUAACUUCGUUUAUGUAGUAAAAAUAUAGAAAGGCCAAAAUUAAGUCAGUCAUCAUAAAAUGAGCCUUAUGGAUUACUUAGUUUGCAGCGAGGAUAAUUAUUCUGUGGAUGGAUGUUUCUGUUAGAAGUCUCCCAUUGCUUUUACAAGAAGGUACAGUGUUUUGUAAUAACAAGUCUUACUCACAUAAAUAUGAAUGGAAUACAUCAAAAAUCAGUCACUUUUACCUCCAUGUCUGGUGCUGUGAUAUGUGUGAUGUGACAUGUAUGUACUGGUUAAGAAAUCAUUCAGAUAAAACUAUUUUGUACCAUUUGUACAUUGGUAUGUAUUCAUACUUUACUUUAGUGUGUAUAAUAUAUCUUAUUGGUGAGCAUGGUGUUUUUGCGUAUGUUGUCACGAUUGUUGUUGUAUUAAAUUAUUCGGAACUGUCUGUUUCUGCAGUGCAGUGGUUUUACUGGUUAUCAUUCAUUUUAGUGAAAAAUUUACCAUUUCCUCAGUAAAUACAGUAUUACCAUUAUCAUGAUGAUUAUUAUUACUAUUAUUAUACUCAUCAAAUUGUUGUGCUAAAAAUAAAAGCUUUGUUAGCAA